AUAGAGACCUUGGAGAGGACACCAUGUUUUCAUGUUGUCUCCCCGUGUCCCGAGGCCGAUGCCUCAAGAGAGGCAGCGAUGAGAGUGUGUUUAGUCGUGGCCGCCGCUGGAUCCGGACCUGGACUCAGCGCAAAGGACGCCUGUGGCCCUUUUCCCGGCGGCGCUCAGAGAGGUCCAUCCUGGUCGAAGAAUGGAUGAAUAUGAUCGUGGAGCAGCCGCAUCUGCUCUAUGAAUACCCCCGCCCCAUGUGCCUCAGGGAGGGGCCGGUGAGCCACACCGCUUUGGGCCAGCGCAGGCCUGAAGUGCGUGUGGCCACCUGGGCGUCUGGGGAACCAGGGCCCAUGGGUGCAGGGAGGACUCCUCCACCCCAGCGACACAGGCCCCACCAGCCUCCAAACUCGAAGCAGCUCAGUCCCAACAGGCCGAGGGCACUUUUCAACUCGGUGCUGCAGUGCUGUGCCUGCGGAAAUCGCAACAGCCCAGAAGACCCUGAGCCCAAGGAGACAGAGUCUGAGGAACCAGCCCAGAGGGCAGACGCGGCUCCUCCUGUAACACCCAAAGUCCACCCUGAGGAGCUGGAGGCUCCAGAGCCAGUGCCACCUCCAGCAGCCUCUCCAGCUGCAGCUGUGGAGCCAGGGCCGGCCCCAGACACAACUGAGGCCCCACCAGCGCUGGAAGAAGAACCCUGCCCGGGACCCUUGCUGGUUCCUGCCUCAGAGGAGGAGCUGCCUGUGGAGGCGCCAACUCAAGGGCUGCUUGCUGAGUGCCCUCACCCUGUCCCAAGGGGAAAACUCGUUUGCCCCCCACUCCUUGAUAUUUCGGUUUUCUUUAUUGUUCUUAUUUUAUUUUUAUGUUCUCCAUGGCGUACUUUCUUUUUUGACCUUUUUAUUACUUUGGGGGUUUGGGUGAGUUUGGCUUUUAUUAUUUUCUUUUUUCUGUGUCUGUUCUUCAUUUUUCCAUUGUAUAAUCCCUUUUAAAUAAUAAAGUUAUUGUUCUGA